AUGGCAGGGAAAGAGUUGGAACGAUGCCAGCGGCAGGCGGAUGAGGUAACAGAAAUCAUGCUCAACAACUUCGACAAGGUCCUGGAGCACGAUGGGAAACUGGCCGAGCUGGAGCUGCAUUCAGACCAACUGCUGGACAUGCGCUCAGCCUUCAGCAAGACAACCAAAAACCUGGCCCAGAAGAAGAGCUGGGAGAAUGUCCGUUGCCAGAUCUACUUGGGGCUGGUGGUGGGCGUUGGCCUGCUCAUCAUCCUGAUUGUGCUACUGGUCAUCUUUCUCCCGUGGAGCAGUGGGGACAGCAGUACUCCACACGCCCAGGACACCGGCGCUGCCUCAGGGCCUGGGGGCUGA